AUGUCGGUCGUCGGGGUGCAUCAGAACGAUGCCCUGAAUCGCAUCUUUGCCGGUCUCAGGAGCAGAGACGAAGCAUCACGGCAAGCAGCUGGAGAAGAGCUCAAGUCGCACGUUGCCUUCGUCGUCUCGGAGCUCAAAGGCGACAGCCUCUCCACGUUCAACAACGAUCUUCACCGCAGAAUCUUCGAACUCACACACAGUCAACAUGUCCACGAGAAGCUCGGCGGCAUCAUCGCCAUCGAGGAUCUCAUCGAGCAGGAGAGCGAGGAUAACAGCGCGCGACUCUACCGAUUCUAUCAAUACCUCAAACCAAAUCUGCCAUGCAACGAUGCUUCCGUCAUGAUCGCUGCCUCUCGCGCGCUGGGCCGAGUCGCUUACCACGGCGGCCAAUCUUUGGGGGAGCAGUUCAUCGAAUAUGAAGUGCUUCGUGCGCUCGACUUCCUGCAAGCCGGUGAUCGCAACGAGUCAGGCCGAUAUGCAGCCGUGCUCAUCAUUCGCGAGAUGGCCAAAAAGGUGCCUCAGCAGUUCCAUCCUUACGUGCCGCGAGUCCUCGAUCGCAUCUGGGUAGCGCUGCGAGAUGUCCGCGUCAUUGUCAGAGAAGGUGCUGCAGAAGCUAUGGGUGCCUGCCUCGGCAUCAUCGCCGCUCGAGAAAAGCAAAUGGGCAGCUACUUCUUUGAAUCGAUUUACGAAGAGGCAGAGAAGGGCCUCAAGAUGAGCGCCGCCGAGGCCAUUCAUGGAAGUCUAUUGGCAGUCCAACAGCUUCUGCAGCACUCCAAGACCUUCAUGCGCAACCGCUUUCAGCGUGCCUGUGAGCUCGUCUUCCGACUACACAAGCAUCGCGAUCCGCUUAUCCGCCGCACCAUCACCAACCUCGUGCCUGUUCUGGCCCGCUAUGAUCCACACUACUUUGCCGAAGAGCAUCUCGGCGCGGUCAUGAGCAUACUCACCGAGCAGCUGCGCAAGGAGAAGGAUCGAUCACCAAAAGAGUCGGCACAGACAUUCGAAACGAUCGGCUUCGUCGCCGCUGCCAUGGGACCCAAGAUGAAGCCUUUCAUCGAGCCCGUGUUGGCGUGCGUUAAGGAGGGCUUGCAGAUGCGAGGCAAGAAGAACGCACCACCAGAGGGUCCGAUCUUCCUCUGCAUCGGCAACCUCGCCACAGCGGUGGGUCCGCAUCUCACAAGAUACAUGCACGAUCUGCUCGAUCUCAUGUUCUCCUGCGGUCUUAGCAUCCCGCUCGUCACAGCACUCGACGGCAUCGUUAAGGCCAUUCCGCCACUCAUGAAGGUGGUGCAGGAUCGACUCCUGGAUAUGCUGUCCAUGACGCUCAUCGGGCAACCAUAUCGCCCGCUCGGAGCACCGGCGAGUCUCAGACCCUCCGCCAACGCCAGCCGCGAUGUGGGGGCCGCACAGACGGUCGAGUCGAAAGGAGUCGAGACCAUCACGGUGGCCUUGCAGACGCUCGGCAGGUUCGACUUCCAAGGUCACAUCCUCAACGAAUUCGUCCGCAACUGCACACUCCCCUACCUCGAGGACGACCACGCCGCCGUGCGUCAAGCUGCUGCGGAAACGUGCGCAGACCUCUUCGUGAACGACCCUAUCUGCCGGCAGACGAGCAUGCAUGCCAUCGAGGUCGUCAACGACGUGCUUGACAAGCUUAUGACUGUCGGCAUCGCGGAUCCAGAUCCGGAGCUUCGAUGGACGGUGCUCAGCAAGUUUGGCGCACAAGAGCAGUUCGACCGCCAUCUCGCACAGUCCGAAUACGUGCGAUCCCUGUUUAUCGCGCUCAACGACGAGAAGUUCAAAGUGCGCGAAGUGGCCAUCGUCAUCAUCGGACGUCUUGCAAAGCACAACCCAGCAUACGUGAUGCCGUCGUUGCGAAAGGCGCUCAUUCAGCUCCUCACCGAGCUCGAAUAUUCGACCGUGAGCAGGCACAAGGAGGAAGCAGCCAAGCUGUUGACAGAGGUCGUUCGCGCUUCGCAACGACUGGUCAAGUCGUAUGCUCUUCCUAUGCUCGAGGUGCUCUUGCCAAAGGCGAACGAUCCGAGCGUUGGCGUUGCCGCGAGGGUCAUGGAGUGUCUUGGUGAGCUUGCCAAGGUCGGAGGUGAGGAUCUGGCUCCGAAUGUCGACCAGCUCAUGCGUCUUGCCAUCGACCAACUCUCCAGCACUGCGCCGGGGUCGUCGACGGCAAAGCGAGAUGCAGCGCUCAAGACGCUCGGUCUGGUCGCAUCCAACACUGGUCAUGUCGUCAACCCAUACCUCACAUACAGAAAUCUGCUCGGCACGGUCGUCAAGAUCCUCAAGACCGAGCAGUCCAAGCCAGUGCGUCGCGAGACGAUCCGAGUCAUGGGCAUUCUCGGUGCCCUUGAUCCCUACCGAUACAAGCUUCUCGAGAAGAACGGCGACGAGGGCCAGGACGAGACGUCCAAAGGAAGCGGAACUGAUCUCUUCGAGCUGGCACUAGCAAUCGGUACUUCCACGGAUGACUACUAUCAGAACAUCGCGAUCGAUGCCCUCAUUACGAUCCUCAAGGACCCUUCCCUGUCGACGCACCACCACGCCGUCAUCGAAGCCAUCAUGUACAUGUUCAAGACCCAAGGUCUCAAAUGUGUCACCUUUUUGCCGCAGAUCAUCCCCGCCUUCCUCAACGUCAUUCGCACAUGCGGCACGGGUCUCUCCGAGUUCUACUUUCAGCAGCUCGCCAUUCUUAUUUCGAUCAUCAAGCAGCAUGUCCGCAGCCAUCUCGAACCGAUCUUCGAGCUCGUGCAGGAGAACUGGAACCCAAACUCGAGCAUCCAGCUUACGAUCGUCUCGCUUGUCGAGGCCGUCGCAAAGGCGUUGGAGGGCGAGUUCAAGUCGUACCUGCCGAUCUUGCUUCCCAACAUGCUGCAAACGCUCGACGGCGAGAUCACGAGCAAGCGCCAACCCACGCUGCUCCGCAUCUUGCAGGCGUUCUAUGUGUUUGGCUCCAACAUCGAAGAGUACCUGCACCUGGUGCUGCCGGUCGUUGUCAAGAUGUUCGAACGUCCGGAUGCGUCUCAGGCGCUGCGUCGCUCUGCGAUCAUUACUAUUGGCAAUCUGUCGCGCAAGGUCAGCUUCUGCGACCAUGCUUCUAGGGUCAUCCACCCGCUCGUGCGAGUUCUCCCGACAGGCUCCACCGAGAUCCGCAAUGCUGUCAUGGAGACGCUGUCGGCACUCGUCGUCCAGCUCGGCCCCUCGUACGCGAUAUUCAUCCCCGUGGUCAACAAGGUUCUCGUUCAGAAUCGCAUCCAACACCCUGGCUACAAUCAGCUCGUCACUAAGCUGCUCAACGGCGAACGCCUCCCACAGGAUCUGUCUGCCAACGACAACGCGCUCGGAAGCAAGGUGGACGAGUCUCCGCAGGCCGAGGCCAACAAGAUGACGGUCAACCAGCAGCACCUCAAGCAGGCCUGGGACACAUCCAAGGUGUCGACCAGUGAGGACUGGCAAGAAUGGCUGAGGCGGAUGGCGGUCGAGUUCAUGCGUGAAUCGCCCAGUCAUGCUCUGAGGGCAUGCAGAAGCUUGGCAGAUGUCUACCCGGCCUUGGCGUACGGUCUCUUCAACGUCGCUUUUGUCUCAUGCUGGACCGAGCUGUACGAGCAGUACCAGAGCGACCUGGUCAAGGCUCUCGAGACAGCAUUCGAUGCUCCAGAAGUGCCCGGCGAUGUUGUGCACAUGCUGCUCAACUUGGCCGAAUUCAUGGAGCACGACGACAAGGCGCUGCCGAUCAACAUCCGCGUGCUCGGUGAUCGCGCCUACAAAUUCCACAGCUAUGCGAAAGCGCUUCAUUACAAGGAAGCCGAGUUCCUCACAGAUCCUUCUCCGCAGGUCGUCGAAAGCCUCAUCGACAUCAACACCAAGCUGCAGCAGUCCGAUGCGGCGUUCGGUGCUCUCACCUACGCGCGCGAACACCUCGACAUCACCCACCACGAAGAGUGGUACGAGAAGCUGCAUCGCUGGGAGGAGGCCUUGGCAGCGUACGACCGCAAAGCAAUGCUGGAUCCGGACGACUAUCCUGUCGCCUUUGGCAAGAUGCGCUGUUUGCACGCCUUGGGAGAAUGGGAGCAUCUCUCGGAUCUCGUGCAGCAAAAGUGGGGCAGAGCGGACAUGGAGGAUCGCCGACACAUGGCGCCUCUGGCUGCUGCUGCCGCCUGGUCGCUCGGCCAGUGGGAUACGAUGGACGACUACAUCUCGGCCAUGCGCUCCGACUCGUCCGAACGCUCCUUCUACCGCGCCAUCCUGCACACGCACCGCUCGCAACGCGCUGCGGCCAACAAGCAGAUUGCCAAGGCGCGAGAGUCGCUCGAUUCGGAACUCACUGCUCUGAUCAGCGAGAGCUACGGCCGUGCUUACGACCUCAUGGUACGCACUCAGAUGCUGUCCGAGCUCGAAGAGGCUCUUGCCUACAAGCUUGACUACAAGGAGCAGCCUGACCGCCAAGCCACCAUUCGAUCGACAUGGAUGAAGCGACUCAAGGGUUGUCAGCCAGAAGUUGAAGUGUGGCAGCGCAUCCUAUCUGUGCGCUCCAUCGUGCUCACUCCGGCUGAUGACACCGAGACAUGGAUCAAGUUCGCCAACUUGUGCCGCAAGUCAGGGCGGAUGGUCUUGGCCGAAAAGACGCUCAAUUCGCUGCUGGGACCCGAGCGCACGAAUGCCGACCCAAGGUCACCGAUCGGUCCACGAGCACCGCCACCGGUCAUUUAUGCACACCUCAAAUUCAUGUGGGCUUCAGGUGCCAGGAUCGAGUCGCUCAGCUACUUGCAAGAAUUCACGAUGAAUCUCGCCGAGGACCUUGGCGUCCACACUGUCGACGAGCACGGCAACUUGGUUACGCAAGACUGGCAGUCGUCGCCGCGUCUGGGCGAGUUUGCACGUCUGCUUGCACGCUGCUUCUUUAAGCAGGGUGAAUGGCAGAUGUCGCUGCGCGAGAACUGGGUCUUGGACGACAACAGCAACGUCAUCGAGAGCUACCGCCGAGCCACCGAGCUCGACCGCAACUGGUACAAGGCGUGGCACGCGUGGGCGCUGGCCAACUUCGAGAUCAUCUCGCACCACGAGGAGAGGAACGACCAGAUCACGCCGCAGAUGAUCGCAGCGAGUAUCGUCCCGUCGGUGCAGGGCUUCUUCCGCUCGAUCGCGCUAGCCAGCGGCAACUCGUUGCAGGACACGCUGCGUCUGCUGACGCUGUGGUUCAAGUACGGUCAUCAGGAGGAUGUCUCGCAGGCGGUGAGCGAGGGCUUUGCCAGCGUCAUUGUGGAUACGUGGCUGGAGGUCAUUCCACAGAUCAUUGCUCGUAUUACGGCGCCGUCACCGCGCGUGCGUCGUCUCAUUCACAACCUGCUGUCCGACGUUGGACUGGCGCAUCCACAGGCUCUGGUCUAUCCGCUCACGGUCGCGGCCAAGAGUCCGAGUCACAUGCGCAUCCAGGCGGCCAUGGGCAUUAUGGACAACGUGCGCGAGCACUCGCCGGUGCUGGUGGAGCAGGCGCUGCUCGUAUCAAACGAGCUCAUCCGCGUCGCGAUCCUGUGGCACGAGAUGUGGCACGAAGGACUCGAAGAAGCGUCGAGGCUCUACUUUACCGAGCACAACAUCGAUGCCAUGUUCGCGACGCUCGAGCCGCUGCACGAUGCGCUCGAGAAGGGACCCGAGACACUGCGCGAGACGUCCUUCGCCCAAACGCACGGUCGCGAUCUGGCCGAAGCCCGCGAGUGCGGUCGACGCUUCCGUCAGUACGGCGACAUUUCGGAUCUCAACCAGGCGUGGGACCUGUACUACCACGUCUUCAAGAAGAUCACCAAGCAGCUGCCGGCGGGCAACUCGGUGCAGCUCGAUCUGCAGUACGUCUCGCCGAAGCUGCUGGCCAUGCGCGAUCUGGAGUUGGCGGUGCCGGGAACGUAUCAGUCGGGCAAGCCGAUCGUAUGCAUCACGCGGUUCGAGCAGAUCGUACUGGUGAUCGCGUCGAAGCAGCAUCCACGUCGACUCAAGAUGAAGGGGUCGGACGGUAAGACGUACCAGUAUCUGCUCAAGGGUCACGAGGAUCUCCGACAGGACGAGCGCGUAAUGCAACUCUUCGGUCUGGUCAACACGCUUCUCUCGAUCGACUCGGAGAGUUACAAGCGACGACUGGAGAUUCGACGCUUCCCCGUGAUCCCGCUCUCGCCCAACACGGGCAUGAUCGGCUGGGUCGAACACACCGACACGCUCCACGUGCUCAUCAAGGAGUACCGCGAACAACACAAGAUCCUGCUCAACAUCGAACACCGGUUGAUGCUGCAGAUGGCCCCCGAUUACGACCACCUCACGCUGAUGCAGAAGGUCGAGGUGUUCGAGUAUGCGCUGGACAACACGCCCGGGCAGGACCUGUACCGGGUGUUGUGGUUGAAAUCGCGCAAUUCGGAAUCGUGGUUGGAACGACGAUUGGCGUAUACGCGCUCGUUGGCCGUGUCCUCCGUCGCGGGUUACAUCUUGGGUCUUGGCGAUCGACACCCGUCCAAUCUGCUGCUCGACAGGCUCACCGGUCAAAUCGUCCAUAUCGAUUUCGGUGACUGUUUCGAGAUCGCCUGUCAUCGACCGAAGUUUCCUGAAAAGGUGCCGUUCCGACUCACUCGCAUGUUGGUCAACGCCAUGGAAGUUGGGGGGAUCAAGGGGACGUUCAAGGUCACGGCGGAGAACACGAUGCGCGUGUUGCGCGAUAACAAGGAGUCCGUGCUAGCGCUACUGGAGGCCUUCGUGCAUGAUCCAUUGAUAAGUUGGCGACUGGUAGCGGACGAAGCGGCACCGGAUGCACAGGAGAACGAAGCUGCCCCCACCGAAACCACCACCACCACCACCACGGCGGUCAACACCACCGCAAACGUCGGCGCCUCCGGCACAGUCCCGGCAAACCAACGCGAGAGUGACACCGAAGAACCGGCCAAGGGUGGCGCCAUCGCCGCCCCAACAGGCGUCCCACACGACAUGCGCAACCAGCGCGCCCUAGAGGUCGUCCGAAGGAUCCAGAACAAGUUGGCCGGCAGAGAUUACAAUCCGUCGGAAAGUCUCAGUGUCGCAGCCCAGAUCGAAAGACUCGUCCAGGACGCGACGAGUAAGGAGAAUCUCUGUUGCGCGUUUGUCGGAUGGUGUUCUUUCUGGUAG